UUGAGUUAUAGACAAGCAUCAUCUUGGAUGUUACACCUGCAGAGAGUGUGAGGGUCAGAGGGCUCCAUAAGGAUUUGUCUGGGGAGCGGAGCAAUACCAUGGUUCUCUGCAUAGGUUCACAGACUCUUCACUGAGUUAUAUGCCUCUGAAUACUUAAUAAAAUUGUCCUUUAUUUUAUGUGUAUUGCUGUAAGCAGAGAAUGCUUUCACUAGUCCCAUGGAUGGUAUGGGUCUCGUCUGUCUGCUUUCUACAAGGCAGGCCUGGGUCCUGUAAGGAGAUUAAGCUACCUAGCAGGGUAGGGAAGGCCCCUUCCCCAUCUGACUUUCUGGAUAAACUUAUGGGAAGGACAUCUGGGUAUGACGCCCGCAUUAGACCCAACUUCAAAGGUCCUCCUGUGAAUGUCACCAUUAACCUCUUCAUCAACAGCUUUGGAUCCAUCACAGAAACCACAAUGGAUUAUCGUCUCAAUGUGUUUCUACGUCAACAAUGGAAUGACCCGCGACUGGCCUAUAAGGAGUACCCUGAUGACUCUCUGGACCUGGAUCCUUCCAUGUUGGACUCCAUCUGGAAACCUGACCUUUUCUUUGCCAAUGAAAAGGGGGCAAACUUUCACGAAGUCACCACAGACAACAAACUGCUGCGGAUAUUCCAAGAUGGGAAUGUCCUCUACAGUAUCAGGUUAACUCUGAUCCUGUCCUGCCCCAUGGAUCUGAUGAAUUUCCCCAUGGACAUUCAGACGUGCUCUAUGCAGCUGGAAAGCUUUGGCUACACCAUGAAUGACCUGUGUUUCCAGUGGCUGGACAUUGGUCCUGUCCAGGUGGCUGAUGACCUGAUGCUUCCUCAGUUUGUGUUGAAGGAGGAGAAAGACUUGGGCUACUGCACCAAGCACUACAACACAGGUAAAUUUGCCUGCAUUGAGGUAAAGUUCCACCUGGAGAGACAGAUGGGCUACUACCUGAUCCAGAUGUACAUCCCCAGCCUGCUAACCGUUAUCCUCUCCUGGGUCUCCUUCUGGAUCAACAUGGAUGCCGCCCCAGCUAGAGUGGGCCUUGGUAUCACCACAGUGCUCACCAUGACAACCCAAAGCUCUGGGUCCAGGGCAUCCCUGCCUAAGGUGUCUUAUGUGAAGGCCAUUGAUAUCUGGAUGGCUGUGUGUCUUCUUUUUGUGUUCGCUGCACUGCUGGAGUAUGCAGCAGUAAACUUUGUUUCACGGCAGCACAAAGAGUUCUUCAGACUGAGGAAAAGGAUCAAAGAACAACAGCGGCAGACAACUCAGAGAAGUGGAAGUGGGGAGAGCAGCCAAGUGAAAGGUAACAACUUGCCAGGCAACAACUCCUCCCAGGGGACCCUGCCUGGCCCUCAGCAAUGCAGCGUCUGUGCCAGGGAGCAGGAGCUGGUGGAGCAGAGCCAAGCCUAUUUUCUCCAUAGUUAUGGAGUAGCAGGCGAUGCACCACCAGAGAUGGACGCCCCGAUCUUUCAGGCCUUACCUCAUGGGUUCCCACUGUAUGACAUCCGCAGGCAGUUUGUAGAUCGGGCAAAAAGAAUCGACACCAUAUCUAGGGCUGUGUUCCCUCUGAGUUUUCUCUGCUUCAAUGUUUUCUAUUGGCUCACCUACAAAGUGCUGCGGAAUGAAGCCAUCCGAGCUACUCUGUGACAAACCAACACGAGGACUGAAUUACAGCACUAAAAACCAAUACGGAGUUGAACCUAGUCUUCCACAGAACACUUUUACAGACAAUGUCAAAUCCAUUCAUUGUGCCAAUGGAAAAAUAAUUGACUGCAUGUCCAGUUCCAUUCAUUUUUUCACUGAAGUUAGCAAACCUGAUGUAGUCCAAGUGUCAUCCUUAAGGGGGCAAUCUGCAGUUUCCACCCCGCCACUGAUUUGGUAAACAACCAUGGGAUUAAGCUGGAGAGAUAUAACCGCUAUGGAUGCAGUUAAUGACCCUCCAUGAUAAACUUAAGAAUGUUUUAGGCUAGUGCUUUAAGAAUCAAACGAGUAUAUCUAAAUUAAGUCCAAAAAUAUGUGCCAAACGCACAUUGCCCCUUUAACUUUCUAUUUUUUACAAUUCCAAUGGAAUGCACUAAUUAGCACAAAUAUUGUAGUCCUUGUACUAUGGAUACUUUUGUCACUCAUGGAGCAAACACAAGCCCAGAUAUUGAGGCAGGACUGCAUGGAAAUGUUGGAUUCCCCCCCUCCCCGGAAUUGUAUUUUGUACUCGUUUCUGCCACAUUACAGUAUUGGCAAAUUGUUACUAAAUCCCUACAAAUGAUUUCAACCUAAUAUGGAAUACUAUGUAAUGGGACAGUACUAUUGGUACAUGAAUCAACAGAAGUGAAUGCUGGACAUUUUGAAUGGUCUAGUUAGGCGAUGUUCUUCGUUAAUGGUCUUUCUUUAUGCAUCUCGUCUUGGAUGUUUUUUUCCCAAUGUCAAUGGCUAGUGUGAAAAUGAAUCAUUUGUUUAAAUAUAAAACCAUGGCUGUUGUCACCAC